AGUUCGGGUGGCGCGAGUUUUAAGUUUCAAACCCCAACUCCCGGGAAAAAGCGAUGCUCCCAGCGGUCGCCGCGUCCUUAGUAUAUUACUUCCUAAACCCGGAGACGACUCAAAAGCUCAGCAGUGGGACAUUGUUUAGUCAACUGACGGGUGUUAUGUCGCCAUCUGCAAUGCUGUCUACAAACUCCAUUAUGACCAAAAAAAAAAAAAAAACCCAGACGUUAAACGAAAGAAAUAGGAUACAAACUUGUGCGCAAACUGUGCUUACAUUUAUGUGUGGAAAUACGAAGACAAGAAAGAAGUAGAUCAUAAGAUAGUAUACCGUGGGCAAAUCAUUGGUAUUUCUCCAACUGUUGUGUUGUCUUUUCGCCACUUCAUUAAAAACAAAUGAUUUUUAAAAUCUGGAGACUCCAGAUGUCUUCCUCUAUGACUCCCACUUUGCAGGUGACAGAAUCGGGAGUCACAAAAGGUGAUCUGCCACCUCGUUCAAAUUGCGAGCUAAGCGUGGCACAGAAGCCCGUCUUCCCGAUUCCCAAGAGUAGAAGAGCGACCCGUUGAGCAGGCAGCCAGCCGGCCAAGCUAAGCAAGGAAGACCCUUACCCGGAUGCUGCGCCGAGAGAAACUCGCGCGAUGCUGGCCCCGCCCAACUCCAGAGCCCCGCCCAGGCCUGGAGGCUGGGAGAAGAGGUUUCCAUGGUGACAGUAAACAAGGCCCUGCCUUUGAGGGGCUAUUGCUGGGCUACUCGCCGGCACCAUGAUUCCCCCUGCGGACUCUUUACUCAAGUAUGAUACCCCGGUGCUGGUGAGCCGGAAUACGGAGAAACGGAGCCCCAAAGCUCGGCCAUUGAAAGUCAGCCCCCAGCAGCCUGGACCCUCAGGUCCAGUCCCACCGCCACCCAAGUCCAAGCUCUCAAUUUCAUGUGUCCCAGAUCCUACAAAGCAGGCAGAAGAAAUCUUGAAUGCUAUCCUGCCCCCAAGGGAGUGGGUGGAAGACACACAGCUAUGGAUCCAGCAGGUGUCCAGCACGCCCAGCACCCGGAUGGAUGUGGUGCACCUUCAGGAGCAGCUGGACCUGAAGCUGCAGCAGCGGCAGGCCAGGGAGACUGGUAUCUGCCCUGUCCGCAGGGAGCUCUACUCACAGUGUUUUGAUGAGCUGAUUCGUGAGGUCACCAUCAACUGUGCGGAGAGGGGGCUGCUGCUGCUGCGAGUCCGGGACGAGAUCCGCAUGACCAUCGCCGCCUACCAGACCUUGUAUGAGAGCAGCGUGGCGUUUGGCAUGAGGAAGGCGCUGCAGGCUGAACAGGGGAAGUCAGACAUGGAGAGGAAAAUUGCAGAAUUGGAAACGGAAAAGAGAGACUUGGAGAGGCAAGUCAAUGAGCAGAAGGCAAAGUGUGAGGCCACAGAGAAGCGGGAGAACGAGAGGAGGCAGGUGGAGGAGAAGAAGCACAAUGAGGAAAUUCAGUUCCUGAAGCGGACCAAUCAGCAGCUGAAGGCCCAACUGGAAGGCAUUAUUGCACCAAAGAAGUGAUAAUUUCCAUAUGGGUCCACAAACACUACUACCCCAUCAUCGUAAGCCCUUUGUAAUAAAAAGCUAGUUUCCUAAAUGAACAAAGCCACACGCUCCACUGAUCACCACCUACGUAUUUGUCGGAAGUCACAGUGUCAUGGAACACCUAAGUCUGGCAGCCAGGCUCCUGGCUGGGCAAUGGAAGGCGGUGAGGCCCAGGCAGCCCGUCUCUAGCCAACCUUGGGAUUUGCCAAGUCAAAUAGUAAGACUUAGCAUCCACCCCUCUCUGCUGCAUCCCUCUUAGGUGAAGCAACUGCUUUCUCAUCACUGAUCCUAGUAGGACACAGCUGGUUUCAUCCCCUUCUGGGUCCACAGUUCGUCUUACCUAACUUGGGCUCCUCUGGCCUCAAUUGUUCCCUUAUUUGACGUCUUUUCACCAUCCUGGCUCACAGUUCUAGAAACUCAUUUUGAAGGAUUUAUACUGUAUAAAUUGUCAAUUGGACCCCUUCUUUAGUUUUAGACUGCCUAGGUGAGAAGAUAGUGGCAAACCCAUGGCUUUUAAGUAAAUGUUUCCUGGAAAGAACUCAGUGUCUACGGUGAACGGCUUAUACUUCACAUCUUCCCCCAAAACCAAUUUGUUCACUUUCCUCUGCUGAAAAUCAAACCCUGGCCCUACAUCCCUCUAAGUAGCUAAAUUUAGUUAACAAUGGGAGAGGUGCCCAAAUCUACCUCCAGUCCUAAUUACUGUCAGGCUGUGACCUACUGCAUUUUACUAUUCCUCUUAAGUUCAACUCAAAGUCUGGAGGCGCAGGACUCUUCUGGCUUUGUAGACCCAGUCUAUGUAAGCGGCAAAAAUCUUUUAAUUCAGGCCAAACCAGGGUGGGUGAGGGCAGCAAGCUGCGUGACUUCAGCACCCUCAGCUGGAAUGUUUCUCAGCACUCUAUAUUCCCCUGGAGAUGUGAGGAGGGCUCUCGUAGUGGAGCCUGAAAAACCACUAUUUCUACAACUUUGAUUCAAUUUCUGAUCCAUGAAAACUAACUGCCACCAUCCUGGUAGGGUUUCCAGGCUCAGUGACUAACUGCAGACCAAGAGCUACCUUCAACUUCCAAGUCAAACGCCCCCAUUUGAUCCUCAAAUUUGAAGGCCCAGCUUCCCCUUGUCCAGGGUCUUAGUAGUUCUAAGACUCCCUCUCUGCUCUGCAUGCUGUCUUUUUCAUGGGAAAGAAUGCCACUCACUGAGAUGUACUAGUGCCAUUCCUCCUUAACAGUAUAGCACGCAUAUCCCAACGGGACCCACCUACCAGACAAUGAGGGGCAAGAGAAGCUGCGGUAGCCUUCAUAUUUUGAAGCUCAGGCCAUGCCCACUACAUCCUUGAAAUUUUGUUCUUACUAUUCUAUUCCAAUAGCUUCUGCUCCAUAAUGCUAAGUGCUAGGACAAAAAACCCACCCUUCCCAUUCUAUAGACAUCAUCCCUGUUUCUAUUAGACAUUUACGUGACAGAGCUUCUCUCUGGAGGAACCACAAGGCUGACCCCAGUGUUGGAAAUGCCAAUGGAUUCCAUUGCUGAAAUUCCUGGGGCCGGGGGCUGGCACUGGUGAAUGGUUUCAGCUGUCAAACCUCAGAACAAAUGCCUUAGAAAUGCCAACUGGGCAGGAAGAAAUUGAACAGUUUCUAAUGCAUAUUUUUGUAUAAUUUAAUAAACAGCUUUUAAAAAGUUA